AUGUGUGACUUUAUUCACACUUUCUCAGCGGCGUUGGCAACGUCCGUCUCUCUCUCUCUCUCUCUCAUUCAUCUCUCUCUCUCAUUCAUCUCUCUCUCUCAAUCUCUCUCUCUCAAUCUCUCUCUCUCUCUCUCUCUCUCUCUCUCUCUCUCUCUCUCUCACAUUUUUUUUUUCUUUAGGUGCUCAGAGCUGCUGGGGCGCGAGGCGUGUCGGGCGGUAACGACAGGGGCGGCCGAAGCCAUGCCGCCGAAGAAAGGAGGAAAGAAGAAGGGCAAGGCGGGCAAGAAAAGCAAGGACAAGACACCCAAGAUUGAUCCUGAGGUGCAAAAGGCAGAAAAGCGCAUCAAUGAGAAGUAUGGUGCCCGGCGUCAAGUCGCGUGGGUUGAUGUGGCGCGCCAAUGGUUUCGCAGCAACCUGGCCGUGAUUUUCGAUGCCAUUCGGGCUGCUGACGUAACAGAUCCAAUCGCCUUUUUAGAUGUGCUGCAGAAGUGCCGAUGCCCAUUGGAUCGUGAGCAGCAGGAGACGUUGACCAUGGCCAUCGAUCUGCAAAAGAGCGGGCUUGUCGACUACUGCCAGGAGCCUGCCACCAUCUUGUGCUAUGGUGGGGGAUUUAUGGAAACCGUCAACAGAGGCCUCGAGCGCGUUAUGGUGGCACACCGCCAGGAGCUGGCCGAAAUUGAUAUGUCACAUGCCGAAGAGCUGAACCUUCUCAAGAUGCUGGGUGUUGCUGGCUGGAAGGAGGCGCUCUCAGGCCAGCAAGGUGCUGCUGCUGCUCUGCUCAGUGCCCAUCAGGGCAAUCCAGGCCUCGAAGGAGAAGACGGGGAGGAGGUUGGGGACUUUGAGACACCCCUUGACGAUGGGGAGGAUGACGGCGAUGAUGACGGCGAUGAUGACGGCGACGGUGACGGCGAUGGUGAUGGCGAGGAAGAUGACGGGGACGAGGAUUGA